AUUUGCUAUUGCUUCAUUAAAAGAUUUUCUCUACUAGAAAGUAGAACUAGAAUCAAUGAGCAGAAGACAAAACGACCACGACUUACCACCAGAUGAGAGAGAGGCACCAGAGAUGACACAGUCUUCAGCUCCGAGCGGAGACGAGGAAAAGUCAAAUGUAAGAACUAAUGGGGCUUUGGCUUUUGGUUUUGCGAAAAACAAAGGCACAUUCUCAUCAACUUGAUGUCCUCAUCAAGCGAAGUCGACACAUUUAUAGAAGCGCAGGGUCUACAGAGAGAGGGAGGAGCACAAGCACUUGUGUGGUCGUCACAAUCACCAGCAGUUGUAGUGUGCCAAUAGGAAAUGGAAAAAUAAGCGUAUAAGAAUUUUAGAAAACCUGAACCCCCGUGGCGGGAGGAAGAGGAACAGAAGCACGCACUCAGAGCCCCGGAGGCGACCACAGAGAGUGUUGCCCUUGUGAACUACGAGGGCAGCUGCAGCCCGUGGCAUGCGGCCCGUGGCAGCGGCACCUCGACCUCGCGAAAACAUGAGCAAGUUUCUUGUCAAGACGACGACUUUCCUGCACGUGACCGCCGGUUUCUCUGUCUUCUCUUCAGCAAGUAAAACCGCUUCCACAGCGGCGAAGAAGGCCCUCGCUUUAUCCUGAGUAAAAACGUCCCCACUCCAUAGUGAAGAUGGGAAAUCUGCUAGACAAAUCUACACGCUUAGGGUGUUGCGCAUGACAAACUCGGCCUUUUGCUGUAAUCUUGUUUACAUCGUUCAGAAGCAUCACAAAUUCCGCCUACCAUGGUGAUUGGAGCAUUACAAAUUCCAAAACCUGACUAGAAAACUCCUGUCACGGGGCUCCGCAAGAGAAACAUUUUGGGCAUGCGUCCUUGCGUGACAACUCUGGGGUGGGGACGUUUUUACUCAGCACACGCUUCCUCCCCCUGGUCGAAUGUCGGUACUGCGCUGGACCUCGGUGCCGCGGAGCGCAUAUGAGAGUGCACAACUCCACCCCCGCCCCCUCAUUUGAAUUUGUGUUGCAUGAACAGCAACGCAAGUGCUGGCAAAGAUGCAGCUUUUGCAUGACAAAUUCGUAGAGGAUUGAAGGGCCGUUUUGGCUUUCGGAAUCUCUCAUGCAAAAAGUGCUAACAGGCAGGACCAGGAGGUAGAUUUGGGAUUUUGCAUGACAAAUCAGGGGAGGGAGAGUUGUGCACUCUCAUAACGCACCGUGUACGAGCACAAGCGGAGGCCAUCGUCUGUGCUGCUGGAGGUGAAUGAGGGAAGUAGUACUAGCAGGGAUGGUGCUGGGCAGCUGCCGUUGCCUAUCAUGAAGACCAACUUUCUGCAAGCCGGGACCACCAACGGUAGUAGCCGGAGUGAAGGGAUGAAAUCCCGCCAAGCCGCAAGCGAAUUGCAAAUGAAUAGCGCAUAUGCAACGCAAAAAUCUAAAUCUAUAUCGACGUCGUGCUGGUAGUAACAGUAAUCCUUGCAUGACCAUGAGUACGAAUUUUCUCAAAAUCAAAAAUGGACUUGACCAACAUGUAGAAACAAGUGUCAUAGCACAUCUAUCGUGCAACAUUGCAAUUGAGUACUGCGAGUGCGAUGCUUUUGCAGUGCAUAGCAAGUCUUCCUCCCGGGGGCUGAACAGCAACAGAAACAUCAACCGUGUGCACAAGGAGGUGAAAGUGUUUGAGCUGCCCACGGCGGACAGCUUUUACCAGAACUCAUCUGGAGGGGAUGCUGGUGCGGCUGCAAUAUCCUGUGCAAAAGUAUCGUUCUAGUAGGAAUCGCAUUACAAAUUAGCUUAACAUGAGAAAUGGAAUUUGUAAUGCGGAUCUCCCUUAAGAUGGAGGCUUGUCAUGCAUGAUUGCGAUUACUACGAGUACGAUACUUUUGCAAUUCAUAUGCAACUACAACGGACAUCGUCGACCCGAGUUCGGGCGCCGCGGUGCUAGCCAGAAUGGACCGCGAGCAGGAGGAGGCGCAGAAGGCUUUAUUCGGAACUAUGGGGAGCUCAACCGUUACAUUCUCAACUUUUACAUGAUUUGUCAUGCAAAAUGACCAUGAGUCAUCAGACGAUGAAGGUGCCUCGCAUGACAAAUUCUCGGAGGGCUACAUAGCACUAGAAUCCGCACCAAAUCUGUAAUGCAAGACGCGCAGGGUUCUCCCUCUGACCUGUGCUAUUCUUGCAUGACAAAUUCAUGUAACAGUUGAGAAUGUAACAUUUGAGAACGCCAUAGGAACCAACACCAACACCGGCGUUGACAUCGAGCAGGAGGCCAUGACAAAAAUCGAACUGGACCGGCAAAACGCGCAGCUGCUGCGACACCAGGAGAUCGCGCGGCAAGAGCGGGAGGAGCUGGCCAAGGCCAUGGCGAUGAAGAAACAACAACAAACUGCGGGAGCAACUACUGAACUGAAGGUCGGCACUGCAGCCGGGCGUGCCAGCUUGGCCUCAAAUGCCAACCCCAAUGCCAUGAGCCUCGUGUUGCACGAACAGGAGCAAGACCCGGCCGCCAAUAUGUCUACGGGCAAAACAAGUCAGUGUCAUGUACUUACGCGACGUAGUAGCGUAUCUAGUGUAUGUAGAGUGCAUGAGAAAUGAAAAAGCAGGUAGAGGUACGUCGAGAAUGAUCGUAUAUGAACCGUGACACAACUACUUUUGCACUGGAUAGCAGUCGCGCAGCCAACGGGGGGCUCCGGAAGUGGUACUUGUGCUUGCCUUGUUGGGACGAACAAAAUGGGAAAAAUUUUCGUUGUUUUUGGUAUACGCCAUGAAAAUAGCGAUAAGCUGUACUGGCAGGAAGAACUUGGAGCAAAAUCAAGAAAUUGAAAAGAAAUCGUAUUUCGUAUUUAUUAUCAUCAAUAAGGUUCCGCCCCCGGCAUCACCCCAGCGCUGGCCCCCAGGGGACCGAAGCCCAAAGGGUGGGACCAGUGCGUAAAAUUCGCGCGGGAGGUGAAGUAUGCAAGGCAAAAGUAUCGUACUAGAAGUAAUUGCAUUACAGAUUUGCUGAGCAUUACAAGACAAAUUUGUAAUGCUGUUUCACCUUAGACUUAGUAGGGAGAUUUCGAUUUGUCAUGCAUAACAGCAAUUAGAUUUAGAAUUACUACGAGCGAAAUACUUUUGCAGAGCAUAUGAAGUCGCACAACGUUUUUGGGACGGAGCUGGUGCGAACGUGGAAGAGCACCUGCGAACCCGCAGUUUUGUCCGGCGUGGCGACGGAGCGGUACAGUCACAUUGUUUGAAGAUGGGAAAACUUUAUCAAAAUCUGACUUUUGGAAUUUGGUUUUGUCAGUUGAUUUUUCACACUUUUUGUUGCAAAUCUCCUGCUCACCAUGUCAAAUUCAGUGUUUAGCAUGACACGCAACAACAGUGUCUUGUUCCUUGUGUUGCAGUAAAAACGAAUAGUGAUCUUCAUGUUUCUAUUUGAUUUUGAUACAAGGUACAAGCUAAUGUGCGACUCGUUGGGUGGAGCGGUGUAUGCGAAUGUACACGAACUGCCUCUGCCCCCCUAAGAAAAUUUGCAGGGCAUGAAAAGCAGCAAUACAGUCAAUCGAAUGGAUAAACCGACGCUAAUCUGCAUACGCCUUGGUCAUGUUUGCAGUAGCCUUUGCAAUGCUGCUACCGCUACUUGCCAGAUGCAAGACGGUGCUAAAGAUGAGAAACGUCUGGUUCAUCGUUGUGCACCUCCAGCUUCAUCAAGCACACUUUUGCAUGAGAGAAGCAGGAGGCAGGCGAGUUGUGCGCUGUCAUACUUUAUCAACUGCAAAAAUGUCUGGGUCUGAAUGAUUUCGGAAUUUGUCAUGCUAGUCUGGCAUGACUCUGAGCUCUGUAUUGCGUGGCCGCAAAGAGCACCUCUUGCCUGUCAUACGAAAACGCAGUUUCUAAUGCGGAAUACGCAACGCAGAACCACGGAAAAACUUGUCAUGCUUCGCAGUGCAUUACAUACAGUGUGCACAUUGUAGUUCGCUGACUUGCAUCACAAGCUUCCAGACUCAGACAUAUUUGCAGUUCAUAUACUUCGGAGCGGUUUUCCAAUCAAGUGGACUACAACGUGUUUGCGCUGUGUGACGCGGUAUGCAUCGGCACGUGUGUCUGGGCCUGGAUCUUCUGAGUAUGUCGUGUGUAGUCACGAUCUUCUCUCCGACACGAGGAUCAGUCAUCUCGUGUCGUGUAGUGGUAGUGCAUGAAAUAAAGCUGUGAAUUUCGUAUUUGGUCUUCUUCCUCGACGGGGCGCCGAUUCUUUGCAGAAUAAAUCAGGAAUACAAAUCCACCUCGCAUCAUCUUCUUUCCAAACGCAGACAUAUGUGCAGUGCAUACGCGGUUUUGACGGUGUUUCACGACGUUUUGGCGUGAUGAAGAAUCAAU